GAAUACUAAUAUGGCGGGAGAGAACAUAAUAAGAAUAUCUUCAUAGGACCGAAGAAUACCAAGCUUGAUAUUCCUUAGAAUCUGCUACUAGCCGAUAUUUGUACAUUAAUUUGUCGAGAAACAACUUGAUUGUUUUGACAAUUAUUAGAAAAGAAAAUGGCUGAAAGUAGAGAUCAAGUUAAUAAUAACAAUGCAGCAACUGACUGUGAUGAUGAAGACAUUGAUUUAGCAAACACGGAAGAAAAUAAUUUGAAAUAUUUAAAACCAAUUCAAGAUGCAGACGAAAGACGUGAAAUCAGACAGAAUUAUAGAAAAUUGAUAGAAGAUCUUGAGAGAGAUAAACAUGAUUUAAUCAAUCCAGAAUCAGAUGAAUUAAAUGAAAGAUUGAAACAAGCUGAUGAAUAUUAUAAACCAGUUAAGAUGACAAGAGAAGCUGCCCUGGAUUCACAAGCCUUGGUGAUGAUAGCUAAUAUGGGUAGACAGAAAGCUCAGGCUUUAAACACAGAAUUUGUUAAAUUUCAACCUGUGGAAUUUGUUGAAAAAUUGAAAACAUUUGUCUGCGGAAAUGUGCUAGAAACUGGUACCAUUUCUACUGAAAAGUGGAGUACAUUAGGUGCAGCUGUACAACCAUUCUUUAAAAGAUCACCUCCUUUUAGAUUUAUGAAUGGAGCGUUUGAAAAAGGAGAAGUUGAUGUUCGUAAAGAAAGAGUGAAGAAAGUAAGAGAAAAAGACAGUGGUGUUGAUAAAGCUACUGUACCUAUACAAGUUCAGCGAGUACAAGAUACAGAUAAAAUGGAGGCUACUACAGCUGAAGUUGAAAGAAUAUACAAAAUUUUAGAAAAGUGCUAUGAAAAAACUAAAAAUAAUCCACUGUGUUAUUUUGAAUUUGUUACAAAUCCCCAUUCAUUUGGUCAAACAAUAGAAAAUAUAUUUUAUGUCUCAUUUCUAGUCAGGGAUGGUGUUCUUAAAAUAUCUUUAGAUGAAGAUAAACUUCCUGUUUUAGAACCAAUCAAAGAAAGUGACAAGAAAACAAAUAAAAAUGUUAAAAAUAAACAAGUUAUAAUAUCACUUUCACCUGCAGAAUGGAAGGAAGUGGUGAAAACAUUUAAUAUCACUGAGAGUGUGAUACCUCAUAGGAAAGCUGCUAAUGAAAAACGGUCGAAAUUAAAGAAAUAGACAUUAUUUGUUGAAUCAUGUUGUGUAAAAAACUCAUAUGGAUUAUGAUUCCAUAGACUCAUAAUUAUUAAAUAUAAGGAAAGAUAUUCUCUUAUUAUCAGUGACUUUAAUCUGUGAUGGAAAAUAAAGAUGGUUUGUUGAAUCUCGUACAGACAAAUUGUUGUUUUCUCUAUUGUCAAUUGCUUUUUGUGCAUUCUUAUUAAAAUCAGAUUACAAUUUUGUUUCGUCUCUAUUGUAAUUAAUGAAAUUGAUACCAAUGUCGCACACUGGUGACAAUUCAAGCUUAUUAUAGCAAACAAUCUGGUGCCAGUCUCCUACAAAUCAGAACCACCUUUACACGCAAGUAUCUGCAGACCUUGGUGUAAAUCUUCCAAGAUGACAAUGGAGACCGACAAAAAAUAAUAACAAAACCAAAUCAUAAUCUAAUUUUAAAUAGCUUUCUUUGUGUGCUAUCCUCCUCAGGCAAGAAACAAGUGGUCCUCCUAAAAGCUUUUCAUCAACAUAGCAUUUCAUGCAUUCUUUGCUUCUAGUCAAAGAGGGUGAUAUAAAAAUACAUUAACUACAAAAAUUCUAUUCUUAUUAUUAAACAAACCAAGAAAGAAACCAAUAAAUUUAAUGGUCUGUCUAUACACUGUUAAUUAACUUAUAAUAUAAAGAAAUUUAAGUUUUCGAAACAUUUCCUUUUAAGAGCUCUUCUUCUUGGAACCUCUGGUAAAAUAUUUAUACAAAAAAUAACAUCCAAUCACAGUUGCCACAGUUGAAUUUCUUCUACCUAUCAUAUCUCUAGAAUUGAAUCUGAAAAUUUUACUAGGAUCACCAUUUAUUGAUCCAGUUAAUCCAAAUAUUAUUCUUUCUCUCAUAGUUGCAUUAUUUUUAAUAAUGUAAUUAACCUCUUCAGCACCCAUUCUGAACUGGUAAUAAUGGAAAAAAACAAAUCUGAAGUUAGUAGUAUCAAGGUGACCGACUGGACUGUAAAG